AUGGGGAAUACUUUGAGCGGAAUUCUGGCGGAGAUUGUAAUGGACGAAUUGGUUUCUUUUGUGAUCACUACUCUAACAUUCAUGAUCCCGUUUUUCUGGCUGUAUGUUGACGACUCAAUAACAGCAAUACCCGAGGGAUGCCACGAUAUAAUACUUGAAGCUUUUAAUACCUUCCACCCUAAGAUUCAGUUUACCAUCGAGAAAGAAGAGAACAUGAAAAUAGCGUUCUUGGACGUGGAAGUUCAGAGGACGGAGAGUGGAGAACUGACAACAAACUGGUAUGUCAAGUCAACAAAUUCAGGUAGAAUACUGAAUUUUCGUUCGAAUAACCCAAUCAACCAUAAGAUGAGCAUAAUAAGGGGACUACUGUACAGAAUGGUGAAUUUGAGUCAUGUUUCUUAUCAUGAUGCCAACUUGAGACGAAUAAGGACCACCUUGAGCAACAACAACUACCCCAAGAGUUUUGUCAACCAGUGUAUACACUCGUUUUUCACAAACCAGCAUGGCCGUACAAGUGUUCAGGGGACCACAUCGGAUAGCCGAUAUUUCAGAUUUCCAUUUGUACAGGGCCUUUCACAAGCAAUCAAUGGUGCCCUCAAUAACAACACCCAGUUAGCAUAUUAUAAUGUACAAACCACCAAUUGCCUGUUUACACGGUUGAAAGAUCCUACACCGUUGGACAUGUUGUCAAAUGUGAUUUACAGAAUACCUUGUUCGUGUGGAAAAUCAUACAUAGGUCAGACUAGACAAUAUCUGAAGUUGAGAAUAGGACAACACAAAAAUUAUUGUAAAAAUCACAAUCAGGCCAAAACAAACAAAGCAGCAUUAGCCCUGCAUCACUUUAGUACUGGACACGAUUUUAAGUUUGAGGAGACAACAGUUUUGGAUAGGAAGUCCAAUUGGUUUAGGCGGAAUAUGGGGGAGAUGGUGCAGAUUCAGUUGACCGAAAACAUAAAUCUUAGAACUGAUUGUUUGGGUCUAAGCGCUAUAUACCAUAACAUCAUAAAUUUAUUUUCCCAACACAGAAUUUAG